AUGGGCACUGUUUGCUUUUCGCGGCGCUGCUGUUUGCUUUUCGCUCUCGCCUGGGCCGGCAGGUUGGCGGGAGGCAGCGGGGGCGCAGAUGUUGACGAGUGCGCAGAGGCUACGGAUGACUGUCACAUCGAUGCGAUUUGCCAAAACACACCAAAGUCCUACAAAUGCAUUUGCAAGCCAGGCUAUAAAGGCGAAGGGAAACAAUGUGAAGAUAUCGAUGAGUGUGAAAAUGACUUCUACAACGGGGGUUGUGUCCACGAGUGUAUCAACAUUCCAGGCAACUACCGGUGUACGUGCUAUGAUGGGUUCAUGUUAGCCCAUGAUGGCCACAACUGUCUUGAUGUUGAUGAGUGUCAGGAUAACAAUGGAGGAUGCCAGCAGAUCUGUGUAAAUACUAUGGGCAGCUAUGAAUGUCAGUGCAAAGAGGGUUUUUUUCUAAGUGAUAACCAGCAUACCUGCAUUCAUCGCUCCAUUGAGGGUAUGAACUGUAUGAACAAAGAUCACGGGUGCGCACACAUCUGCCGGGAGACUCCCAAAGGUGGGGUUGCCUGUGAAUGUAGGCCUGGCUUUGAACUUGCCAAAAACCAGAAGGACUGCAAAUUAACCUGUAACUAUGGGAAUGGAGGCUGCCAACACACCUGUGAUGACACAGAUACUGGUCCUGUGUGUGGUUGUCAUCAGAAGUAUGCCCUGCAUUCAGAUGGACGGACCUGCAUUGAAACAUGUGCUGUCAAUAAUGGAGGCUGUGAUCGGACUUGCAAGGAUACCGCAACAGGGGUGCGAUGCAGUUGCCCAGUUGGAUUUACCCUGCAGCCUGAUGGGAAAACGUGCAAAGACAUUGAUGAGUGCUUGGUGAACAAUGGUGGCUGUGACCAUUUCUGCCGAAACACGGUCGGCAGCUUUGAGUGCAGCUGCCAGAAAGGCUAUAAACUGCUCACGGAUGAACGAACUUGCCAAGAUAUAGAUGAGUGUUCCUUUGAAAGGACCUGUGACCACACCUGCAUCAACUACCCUGGAAGCUUUGAGUGUCUCUGCCAUAAAGGCUACACCUUGUAUGGACUGACACACUGCGGAGAUAUUGAUGAAUGCAGCAUCAGCAAUGGUAGCUGUGACUAUGGGUGUCUUAAUACAAUGGGGAGCUAUGAGUGUGUCUGUCCACCUGGAAAGAAGCUGCACUGGAAUAAAAAGGACUGCAUUGAGAUGGUGAAAUGUCUCCCAAACACCAAACCAGCUCCUAAGGCUCAGCUAGUGUGUAGUAAGACAGGAGGCAUAGAGAGCUGCUUCCUGUCAUGCCCAUCCAAUACCCUUUUUGUUCCAGAUUCGGAGAACAGCUACACGCUGAGUUGUGGCGUUCCCAUCCAACAAGGCAAGGCUCAGCAGAAACGCAAUGCCACCCUGCCCAGCUGCGCAGAUUCAUUAGCCCCUCCAAUCAAACAGAAAGCUCGGUUUAAAAUUAAAGAUGCAAAGUGCCAUUUACGGCCUCGCAGCAAAGAAAAAAUAAAAGAUUCUGGGAAGCAAGUUGGUUUAGACAACUGUCAGGUCACCUUUGUGAAUCUCAAGUGCGAUUCCUCCAAGAAAAAACGCCGAGGCCGCAAGUCACCGUCAAAAGAAGUGUCCCAUAUCACUGCAGAAUUUGAAGUGGAGAUGAAGUCAGAAGAAAUCACAGACACCUGUAACAUUGACUGUGUUCGGAAAAGGAUGGAGCAGAAGCUGCAAACUGCAAUCAAAACAUUGAGGAAAUCUAUUAAUAAACAGCAAUUUUACAUUCAGUUUUCUGGGACAGAAUAUGAAGUGGCUCAGAAGCCAGCUAAAGCUACUGAAGGGCAUGAAGCUUGCAGUACAGGGCAAGUGCUGCAGGAUGGAAAAUGCGUUACCUGCAGCACGGGCACCUUUUAUAGCGGAGAGCAUAAUCAGUGCAUUCCUUGCUCGCCAGGAACAUAUCAAGACACAGAAGGUCAACUUACCUGUGAGCCUUGCCCAAGUAACGAUGGACAGGGAGUAGCGGGCGCCCGGAAUGUGUCAGAAUGUGGAGGGCAGUGUUUUCCCGGGCACUAUUCUUCAGAUGGUUUUAAACCUUGUAGGGUCUGUCCUCUUGGUACAUAUCAGCCUGAACCAGGAAGGACCCUCUGCUUUCCAUGUGGGGGUGGUCUUGUGACCAAGUAUGAAGGUGCUGUUUCCUUUCAAGACUGUGAAACCAAAGUUCAUUGUUCUCCUGGACACUACUACAACUCCACAACACACAGAUGUAUCCGAUGCCCUAUGGGAACAUACCAGCCUGAGUUUGGUCAAAACUACUGCAUCACCUGCCCUGGGAACACAAGUACAGAUUUUGAUGGCUCCACUAAUGUUACACACUGCAAAAACCAGCACUGCGGAGGAGAACUUGGGGAUUAUACUGGCUACAUUGAAUCACCCAACUAUCCCGGAGACUACCCAGCUAAUGUGGAAUGCAUUUGGAAUAUAAAUCCCCCCCCAAAGAGGAGAAUACUCAUCGUAGUACCUGAAAUAUUUCUCCCAAUUGAAGAUGAAUGUGGUGAUGUCUUAGUAAUGAGAAAAAGUGCUUCUCCUACUUCAAUUACCACAUAUGAAACAUGUCAGACUUAUGAGAGACCUAUUGCUUUUACCUCAAGAUCGAGGAAGCUUUGGAUUCAGUUCAAGUCAAAUGAAGGAAACAGUGGCAAAGGAUUUCAGGUCCCCUAUGUGACUUAUGAUGAGGAUUACCAACAACUAAUAGAAGACAUUGUUCGAGAUGGACGGUUAUAUGCAUCAGAAAACCAUCAAGAAAUUCUAAAGGACAAGAAACUGAUUAAAGCUCUCUUUGAUGUAUUGGCACACCCACAAAACUAUUUCAAGUACACAGCACAGGAGUCAAAAGAGAUGUUUCCAAGAUCAUUUAUAAAGCUACUGCGAUCAAAAGUUUCCAGAUUUCUACGGCCAUACAAAUAGUCCAGUGGUAUUCCAUUUU